AUGUGCCAAUUCAACACCCCCCAAGAAUCCCACUGGCACGCCUUCCUCCAAGGCCUGCCCAAAUGUGAACACCACGUCCAUCUCGAGGGCUGCCUCACCCCCGACCUGAUCUUCGAGCUCGCCUCUAGGAACAACGUCCAACUGCCCCAAACCCCCGAAUACACUUCCAUCGACACCCUUACCGCCCGGUACGGCAACUUCUCCUCGCUCGACGACUUCCUCCACUUCUACUUCAUCGGCAUGUCCGUGCUGCACCACGAGUCCGACUUCUCCGAUCUCGCCUGGGCCUAUUUCCAAAAAGCGCACGCCGACGGCGUCCAUCACGCUGAAGUCUUCUUCGAUCCCCAGGUCCACCAGGACCGCGGCAUUCCGUACGAGACCAUCGUGCGGGGGUUCGUGGCGGGGUGUGAGCGCGCCGAGAAAGAGCUGGGUCUCUCGACGAAGUUGAUUCUCUGCUUUGUGAGGCAUCUGCCGGUUGACUCGGCGGAGAAGACCUACCAGAAGAUUCUGGAGAAUGGGCACUUUGAAAGUGAGGCUGUGCAUGGGCUGGGGUACUCGUCAUCUGAGGUUGGCCCGCCCAAGGAUAUGUUUAGGGAGAUUUAUGCCUCGGCUAGGGAGAGGGGCGUCAGGUUGACGGCUCAUGCGGGCGAGGAGGGCGAUCCGACGUAUAUUAGUACGGCGUUGGAGAUGGGCGCCAGUCGUAUUGAUCAUGGGAUUCGGUUGGUGGAGGAUGAGGUGCUUAUGGAGAGAGUGGCGAGGGAGGGCAUUCUCUUGACGGUUUGUCCGUUGUCGAAUGUGCAGUUGAAGUGUGUGAAGGAAGUUGGGGAGGUGCCCAUUCGCAAGUUCUUGGACAAUGGGGUCAAGUUCUCGAUUAACAGUGAUGAUCCGGCGUACUUUGGAGGUUAUAUUUUGGAUAAUUAUUGUGCGGUGCAGGAGGCGUUUGGGUUGAGUGUUUCCGAGUGGAAGACUAUUGCGGUGAAUAGUGUGAGUGAGAGUUGGAUUGAGGAGGAGAGGAAGUUGGAGUUGGUUAGGAGGAUUGAGGACCAUGUUGGAAAGUUUGCGCAUUUGGGUUAG